UAACGACGUUUCAAUGCGUACACAUUACAAUUUGCAACUUCAAAUACAAACUAUCAACCUUGUUCAUCAAAUUGCACUAGAUAAUUUCUAGUUUGCAAAAAUGGUUCGAUCAAAAAAACUAAACUUAAAUGGUGAACAACUAUCCCUAUCUUUUGUAAUUAUUCUCGAGUUUUGUACAUCGAUUGUGGCAAUCUGCUCCGGAGGAAGCCUACUCAACCAUAUAAGUUCCGGCUGCACGGGCUUUCGAUUCCUAGGGAUCACACUAAUGGUCAUCGGAGCUGCACUCCUGAUUCUCAGUUUUACAAAUUGUUUACUGUAUCGUAAACCCGAGAUUUCCAUAGCCAAGUCCAUAUGUUGUUCAGUGCCUUUGAUCCUUGCCCUGCUCGGCUUAGGGAUCUUCGCGUUGGCGGUGAGCAGUAAAGGAGGAGGGAAGUUGAUACCAGGGCAAUCGUACAAGGAGUAUCGUGUAGAGUCAUACUCUAAGUGGAUGCAAAACAAGGUUAAGAAAAAUUGGGAUAACUAUUACAAGAAGGCUGUUGUUGAUAAUAAAGGACUUGUGUGCAAUGAGCUUGCUGAUCUAUUAGGAAUUGACCCGGCUUUGACGUCUGGUUGUUGCAAGACCCCAGAAGAGUGUAAUUUCAAUAACACAAACCCAAAAGUUUGGGUAAAGCCAGCAAACAAUGGCAACUACUCCGAAGAUGACUGCAAUAGAUGGGAUAAUGAUCCGAACACCUUAUGCUUCAACUGUCGAUCAUGUAAGGCCGGUUUCCUCGAAGACGUUACGAGUCACUGGUUUACAACAGGCAUUGGACUGGUUCUGAUUGCAGGCAUACAAAUGUUGAUGGGCAUUCUUUGUUGCAUAUUUAGUGCUAAUUUAUCUCUUCAUCAUCAGGGUAAUAGGCAGCCUUUGUUACUUUAGUUUUCUGAUGACUGUUUUGUUGCGCUUCAUUUUUAUUUGUUGUGACCUUUAAUAUUUUCGUUUGGUAUGUAUGUUGUACUAUAAUAACACUACUUUUCACUACAUUGUUGGUUAACUUGGGUUGGAAUAAAAGGGCAUUGUGUGUUGCUUUUGUUUAA